AUGGACCCGACGGCGGCCACGGACCAAGACGCAGAAGACGACCGUCUAUUCGGCAGCACAGACAGCGAGUUCGACGACGAGGAAGACGACGACAGCGACCGACAGAUACCCGCGACGCCUCCGUCGCCCUGCCCAGCAGCAGCAGCAGCAGCAGCCGCGGCACGGACAAGUGGUCUCCUCCUCCCGACCGGCAGUGGAAAGCCAGCGCCCUUGGUGGUGUCCAAGAAGCCAGAGCGCUACGGAGCGACAGACGGCCGCAUUUGCCCGCGUGAUCCACCCGACGGCGCCGUCGUCGGGCUGGUGAAGGGCCCUACACGAAAUGUGCGCAUCGAGCCGGCUUCCUCUUGCAUGCCCGAGCCUCUGCUCCCGUCUUCUGACCGCGUCUCCUUUACAGAUUGUCUCGACGUGACUCCAGCAGUGACACCGCCUGCUCGCACCGAGAACCAGCAGCAGUCAGUGCCCCUGCUGCCCCUGCCGUGGUGGGCCUCGUUUCAGCCGCGUUCGAGCGCGCUUGCUCCCGUGCGCUUCGUCCCGGGCGUCAUGGUGGCCGCUGCCUACGACGUGGAAGCAGUGCAUACGACGACGAGGUCAGGGCGCGCUGCGCUCUCUCCCUCGCUCGAGCUGCACGCGCUGGCGCUGCGGGCCAAGCGGCAGCAACAAGAGGCCGCACAGCGCCCUGAUACUGACCAGGCCGAAUUGGUCGUGGUCGAGCCGCUGACGAUGCCACCGCCCAAUGCUGCCUCCGCUUCACCAGCGGAGCACCAGGCGAGCACAUCCUCGAGCAAGGGCAAGGGCAAGAGCAAGAGGAAGCAGGCUCCCCCGCUCGAGAAGCCAGUGGACCCCGAAGCAGAGCCAGCGGCUGCGCCUCCCACCAAGAAGAGGGGCGGACGCAAGCCAGGGGCGCGCGACAAGCCCAAAGACUCGUCACUGCUCCAGCCUCAGCCCCAGCCCCAGCCCCAGUCCAAACCCAAGGCCAAACCCAAGGCCAAGGCCAAGGCCAAGGCUCGGCUGCCGAAGCAGGGCAAAGGGCGUUCCCGUCGCACAGCGCCCGCGUCCGAGCCCUCGCCGACUCCGGACCUCUUCUCGGAUGCGCUCCCGCAGUGGGUCACUGAUAUGGUGGGCGGCCCCUCGUGGGCAGUGGAGUCCACUUCACCCUCGUUGAGCAGCCCAGAACCACGCAGUGGGGAUGGCAUCUCCACUGGGCAAGGUGAGCCCGAGGAGGCGGCUGCUGCUCAGUCACAGACGGACCCUGGCACGGACACGGCGCGACGUUCUGCGGCCACCGAGGAGUCAAUCUCAGAGGAAGGCGUGCAAGCCGAUCGCGAUGAGGAGGCCGCUGCUGCUGCUGCUGCCGCUUUAGAAGCAAAGAGAAGAAGCAGAGAGGCGAACCUGGCGCCGCGUCCCCGCCACCUCCGCCACCGUCGUUGGCUGCCGUCGAGCGCCGAAGACUCGACAUCGCCUAGCCACACAGAGGAGAAGCAGAAACAGAAGCAGAAGCAGAAACAGAGGCCGAAAGGGAAGGAGCGGCAGUUGAGCGAGACACAGGAUACCACUGGGACGACGAGCCGGGGCCACACAUCGCUCAAGGCAGCCGUCGGGGCUCGGCUCGCGGGCGUGCGCAAGACGCAGCUCGACCUCGCGCGCCGCUACUACGAGGCAAAGGUCGAUGCCCAGCUGCUUGCCUCGGCACGGACAGAGAUUGAGGCGCGCAUCGCCGAGCUGCAGGAGCGCAUACAGAGCAGGGUCCGGGCUGGGAACGCCGCUUGA